AUGGCCAAACUAAGAGACAAAGGUGCAAAACCAAGGCCCCGACGCCACAGCCGGCCGAUGUACCUUUACCCCAAGCGUCAGGGAUGUGGUGAGGUUCGAUACCCAACGGAAUGGAGUCUUGGUGGUACUUGCAACGUAAUGUAUCUUUCGAACGAUGUGGGAAAGGACACGCCCCCUCAGAGGGAAGUCACUCAGAUGUUCGAUUGCGAUUUCGACAAUUUGGGCGAUGGAUGGAUGGACAGCUGGCGCGAGGUGAGGAUAUCGCCACUCUUCGAGGGAUUGGACGCGCUGGUGAAGAUGUCGUUUUGGGGGCCAGGCACCGGUCGCGAUGACGACUUCUACCAGGUAGCUGGUGAAACGCAACGCGAGUGCCUCGAGGCUCAACAACAUGCUGUUGGAGGAGUAGCUGUGAUCACGAGCCUGAGGCAGAUGACUCCUCGUUUCUCAGUAUGUAUCCUAAGGGAGGCCUCCGAGGUCCGUAGACGUUGUGAAGAAGUUCUCAGCGUGAACGAGACGGCAUUGCCUCAGUAUCUAGGACAGAGCUUCUCUAGUAGCUUUGCGGUUAUGAGAGCUAUUAUAUUUGAGAUCUCGGGCAGAGAUCACGGUAGUUAUGUAGGACCCGAAAAGACGCAAAUUUCCAGAACUCUUACUCAUUAUUGUGCAGAAGAUAAGACCAAAGGCGACACAGCAAGGAGCACAGGAGUGCCUAAUCCUCCUCCCUUCCCGUCCCCUGUGUCUUUCAGCCUUAGCAAGCCCACACGAGAUUUCUUUUAUGCUGCUUGA